UUAAACUCAACCGUGGACAAACAUCCUUAAUUUAAUGGGAAAAAAAAACCUCAUAACAAUUUUUGGGUAAAAAAAAUAUAAAAAAAAGGCAAAAGAAAAACAACCUUAAGAAACCAAAAUAACCUAAAAGGCCACCUCACUAAAUGAAACAUGCACCCCACAUUCGGCAUUCCUAACAGCAAACAUCACUAAAAAGGAAAAAGCAAAAGUCAAGGAAAAACCAAAUAAGCUGCCAACUAAACAGAAAAGCCCAAACCAACCGUUUUUAUAUAAAACCCUUCAAGCCAUCCCCCUCACAUUUUUGUCAACUCCCAAAAGCCACAAAAAGCUAUAUUGCUCUGUAUUUGAUCUCUUAUUUCCCUUCGUGCGCGCUCUCGGAUUCUGUCGAGAGCCCGAAUUCUCUCCCGAGUUGAUCGAUCCAUCAUCAUUGGAGUCCUCUUGACAUGACUUACGGGCUCGAGCAAGAGCAGGAGAAUUACAAGUCGAGGUUGUACCAUUUCCAGCAGGGAACGCAGCAGGGCGGCACCACCAUGGCACACCACAUGAAGAGCAUGAGCGUGGAUCAGCUCGCCUUCAGGGGCGGUGAGUCCGGCCCGGAUGAGUAUGCCGGGCCUAGAAGCUACGCUGGUCAUCCCAUGAGCAAUGCGGGGUCUUCUGAGAAACAGCAGAUGGGUUGGUCCAUUCAUAAUCAUCGAGGCAAUGACAAUGGGCUGAAGCCGCCCAUACCCCGCGAAGACCCGAAACCAAAGCAGCCUUCAGAUUUGGAGCUGAUGAAGGAAAAAUUUGCGAAACUGCUUCUCGGAGAGGACAUGUCAGGUGGAGGAAAAGGAGUUUCUUCGGCUUUGGCAUUGUCGAAUGCUAUCACAAACCUUGCUGCUUCAGUGUUCGGAGAACAAAAACGACUCGAGCCCAUGUCAGCGGACAGGAAAGCGAAGUGGAAGAAAGAGAUCGAUUGGCUCUUAUGUGUGACAGAUCACAUUGUUGAAUUCGUUCCUUCUCAGCAGAAAACUAACGGAGUGAAUAUGGAGAUUAUGAUGACGAAGCAGCGAACCGAUCUUCAGAUGAAUAUCCCUGCCUUGCGCAAGUUGGAUGCCAUGCUUAUUGAUUGCUUGGAAAACUUCAAGGACCAAACUGAAUUCUACUAUGUUAAGAAAGAAGAGGACUCGGACAAAGGAGAUGAUAAGAGGAAGGACGACAAAUGGUGGCUUCCGACUUGUAAAGUUCCUCCAAAUGGCCUGUCAGAAAUGACUCGGAGGUGGCUGCAGUUUCAGAAGGAUUCCGUCAAUCAGGUGCUCAAGGCAGCCAUGGCCAUCAACGCUCAAGUCCUCUCGGAGAUGGAGAUCCCCGAAAAUUACAUCGAGUCUCUGCCUAAGAACGGGAGAGCAAGCCUGGGAGACUCGAUCUACAAAGGCAUUACAGUUGAAUACUUCGAUCCAGACGCUUUCCUCUCGACGAUGGACCUAACUUCCGAGCACAAAAUCCUCGAUCUUAAGAACAGGAUUGAAGCCUCCAUUGUGAUCUGGAAGCGAAAGAUGACCACUAAGGACAGCAAGUCCCACUGGGGGUCUGCCGUGAGCCUGGAGAAGAGGGAACUCUUCGAGGAGAGAGCUGAGACAGUGUUAAUCAUCCUCAAGCAACGAUUCCCGGGAAUUCCACAAUCGGCAUUGGACAUCAGCAAAAUUCAAUACAAUGGGGAUGUCGGACAGGCAAUCCUAGAGAGCUACUCGAGAGUAAUAGAGAGCUUGGCCUUCACAGUCUUGUCCAGAAUCGAGGACGUUCUCUAUGCAGAUGUUGUGGCAAAGAAUCCAUCGCAAGCACCACUAAAGAGGAACCCGCUGUUGACUACCCCUUCAAUGGGAAUGGAGAAACUCCCGAACUUUAAGGAUGAGGUGGAGAAGUUGAAGACCGCUGAGGCCCCGGCUUCCAUGACCCUAUUGGACUUCAUGGGGUGGAAUACGACGGAUAAGGAAGACACUGAUGAGAAGCAUAAGGACUUUUUUAUGGGAGACGAGUUGCUCAGGGCUGACUCGAACUGCAAGCUCCUGCCUAUUGCGAUGAACAACAGGCCCUCGUACUUGGAGAAGAUUGACUUAAGCGGGCCAAGAAGCCCGACAUCCCGGCAUUAGUGAAGUAAAGGAGGCGAAAACUGCUUAGGAAAUAAAACAACUGACAGAAAGAGAGAAUGUGACAGAAGGAAUGAACCAGCAAUGAGGCAAUGAAGGGAAUUCCUGACAUAUUUAUCUGAAGUUCGGUCAAAACAUGGUAUCCUCUGAUUUUUGUUGAUUCGAUCUUCGGGCUCUUUGCUGUCCUUGAUUCCUAAAUGAGAAGGAUGGGAUACUAUGUACUCAAGGACUUACGCGACAUGCAUAUUCCACAUUGUACGCGACAGAAAGAGAAUGUGACAGAAGGUAUGAACCAGCAAGAAGGCAAUGAAGGGAAGUCCUGACAUAUUUAUCUGAAGUUCGGCCAAGACAGGGUAUCCUCUGAUUUUUGUUGAUUCGAUCUUCGGGCUCCUUGCUGUCCUUGAUUCCUAAAUGAGAAGGAUGGGAUACUAUGUACUCAAGGACUUACGCGACAUGCAUAUUCCACAUUGUACAUAUGUCUAGCUCUAAUGUGUAUCAAACCACUGUCAACAACGUUUUCUCAAAAAGUAAACUUCUAGAUCAGAUGAAAAACAAGUAUUUCAACUAACCAAGGCAUUAGAACAAGAAACUUAGGGAGACUUAAAAUUCGAGGCCCCAUAGGAUAAGUGUAGUAAAU